UCAUUGUCCGUUCCUGGCAGGAAAUGCCACCACAGCAGCUGAUUCUGAGCUUUCACUUUGAGCUAUGUGGACUUCUUAAAAUAGAAGAUUUGCAUUAACUGAAACAGGCUUCUCAGCACUUUCAACCUUAUCUCUUCCUUAAUUUUGUGGUCUAAGUCCUUAUGGAACCAAAUUCCGAAAGCAGAAGAUAUGAAACGAGGAAAAAUGCAAGAGCAAAAGAACCAGUAGCCAAAUCUCGGAUUGACUGGCAGCGAACUAAGAGAAGAUUAUUGAUGGAUAGCGAGGAAGAGAGUGACAAAAUUACAUCAGCAUCAGAAAAAGAACUUGAAACCAGUUCAGAUGAUGAUUCAGAUGAGAGAGAGAAAGGUGAACCCAUACACAAUGAAGAUAAAGAUGAAACUUCAGUUAACGCAGGUGGCCUUCCAGAUGUUGAGACAGGUGGUGAUUGUGCAGCAGGAGAGGACAUAGAUGAAAGCAUCAACCUUGGGAAACGCAAGAGGUCUCGGACCACCGUAAUGUAUGACAGCGACAAUAGUGACGAUAGCGACAUUGUUAGGAAAGUAUUUGCCAAACGCAGUUGCAUAAUCGACGAGAAAGACUUGUCCGCUGAACACACAUCACCUGCAGAAAAAGAAGCAGAGAGAAAGCAAGACAGGCUAAUGAAACUGCGGGAACUGUCCCGAAGGCGAUCUACUCGAGCUUCUGGCCUCAGUGAAUGUCAUGAGGAUUCUGAAGAGGAUCUGAUAAUAGAAGAUGAUUCUUGCCAUUCAUCUCUUACACCGGCUGAAAUCAGUGAUGCAUCUGAGGUUGACAGCAUGAAAGAUUUCAUAGUUGAGGAGGAGGAGGAAGAGUUGGAACAAGAAAACUCUGAGGAAGACAAGAGCCAAUCACAAAAGAAAAAGCAAGCUAUGUCAGGCACAUUGCUGCAGAAGUGCAUUCCAUUCUUGGCCCAUGUUGAUCAUUUUGUCCAUUUCCAAAGAGUUGUAAAGGCGUUUCUCAUCAAUGCAGUCGACAAUAACUUUUUGAUGUCAUUAUAUGAGGGGAGAAGACAAAAGAAGUAUGCAAAAGAAAUGCUGACUUCCCUUCAUUACUUCGACAGUGAUUUUGUUCAACCUCGUCUUGACAAUUUAAUGGCAAGAAGUCGCUGGAAAGAACGUUAUAAGGAACGGGUAGAUAGUUAUCCUGACGUCCGCAUAGUUGUGGGAAAUGCAGUGCAACGUUCCUGUCAGGCCUGUGAACUGCAGAGGUACUGUAGGUUCACAGUGAUUCUGUCAGGGAAAUUGUACGAUAGUAAGACAAUGCAGGUAGACGACUUCAUGUCACAUGACAAGCAGGCAUUGAAGGUUGGCAAUGUGUGUGGAAACCGUACUCAAGUUUAUCACAACCUGAAACAUUUUAAAUACAAGCUUUAUCAGAAUUGCUGCUCUGUAAUGACAAGCAACGGAUUUCAGGACGCACCAGUCAAAGAUACAGUGUGCAGAGUUUUCACACAGCGGUAUAAUGAAGGCUGGAUUGAAGAGCAAUAUUCUGAACUUCAGAGCUACAUGGAAGAUGCCGAAAACUUUCAAGAUGAAAAAAUAGACUGAGUGUGUCAUCAUUUUUUAAAAAAGAAGGCACCUACUUACAAACGUGCUUUCCCUUGACUGGUGAUAGUGUUUGAAGAUCAUGCUGCGACUGCGUUCCAGCUGUUUUUCUUUUUACUGCAAGACAAUCAAUGUGCCUGCAUGUUGUUAUGGAUACUAAUAAGUUAAUGUGUAUUUCUUUUUCAUAGUUCAUUUUAAUUAUCAAAAUAAUCAUCUAAGGACAUUUUAUAGUGGAAGUCAUCUCUUCUGUGUUCUUGAACACCAGGCAGCUCAACUUAAUGAUCUGAAAUGAAAAACAGUCUCCGAAUAAACCGGGUGUUCAUUCAGGAAAUGAAAUUUUAUGCGCAGUGAUGCCCAGGUGAAUUGUGCCAGUGUAUGAAAAAUGCUUGGCUUCCAUUCUUUUUGAAAGAGGAAAGGUCUACAUGGUGAGAAGUCCAAAGGCUGUAAUAUGCAUACUGUUUUCCCAGCACAGUGUUUAAAACCAGCUGUAAACCAGGUACAUUCCCACCCACCAGACCCCCAUGACACAGGGCAGUAACAAAUUAGCUCUCUAAAACCAACAGGCCAUCAUUGUUUAUGCAUCCUGGAGACCCAGAAUUCAUGGGCUUGAAUUUAGCCGGCUGAGCAGUAAAAGAAAUAAAUAUCUUUACACUGCUAGCAAUAUCAGUUUUCCAUUUCUGUAGCAUUUGGAAGGGAAGAUGCUUUACAAGACUGAUAUGCAGAGGCUUCUGCUCAUUCUGUAUGUGAUACCCAGUUGGGUCUGUUUCCAUUUUGGCCUGUGAGUUGGGGAAUUUGAUGAAUGCUCAGUUCAUCAGCUUGACACUGACUGUUCGGUAGCAGCUUCAGUUAGACUAUUGGCAAGUGGGGUCUUGCAAAACAGUCUUAAAGUGUGCAGUGAUCAUGCUCAGGGUUCCAGCAACACCCUUUUCCAGGAUUCAUAUGCAUAUACUAUUUUCUGGGGUCCCCCACUCCAAUAGUCAACUAGUAUUCUAUAGCUACUGAGCAUGCUUAGUCCUCAUUGAGCUGUUUCAGGUUAGUUUUACUCACUUUAGUGUCUUCCCCAUUGCCCUGUUCAUUUUUUUCUCCUUCUGAAAACCGUCGACCUUUCCCAAGCCUGCUGCACAAGGAUCCACACUUGGAAAAUGCAUUUGCUCUUAAGUGUAUAUGAGAUGAUGGCGCGGUGCAUACUUCAGAGGAGUUCAGAGUUCACUCAGAGCAACCUUCCUGUAUAUUAACUUGGAUAGGUGAGUUGGGCAGCCUUGAUAUAUAUGAACUACAGAUCAGAGACACAUCCAGUUUUUGAUUGUAGGCAAUAUGAAGAGUAGGGAGCCUCUGACCUCUAAAUCAGACAUACAGUAAGCUGGGGUCUUUAACGGACAGGUGUGCUUUCUUCCUCUCCAAUAAGUUGAAUAGAUGCUGUUUCCAAUCUGUUCAUUUCCACUGUGGCUAUAUGUGUCACCUUAGGUAAGGACUGAAUGGCUAUAGCUCAGUGGUAAUCUUUUCUGUGCAAAAGGUCCCAGGAUCAACCCCCAGCAUCUCCAGGUAGGACUAGGAGGCCUCUGUCUGAAACCUUUGGGAGCUGCUGUGUACAGUACUGAGCUAGAUGGACCAAUGGCAUGACUUGAUUUGAGUCAACUUCCUGCAUCUAUUAUAAUUUUGGGCUUCAGAUGUGAAUGGAAACCUCCACGUUGGGAAGCAGUGAUAAUCCGAGAACAAACCUUCCUUUUCCUUGUGGGCUUCCUAGUGGCAUCUGUCUGGAAACAGAACAUUGGACUGGCUGGAUCUUUAAUCUGAGCCUAUAAGGUGAUUCCUAUAUUAUGUUCAUCAUCUACUCGCCAGGUAAGCCCCAAGUCACCCAGUGCCACCACAGCUCUUAUCAAGGGCAGCAGCAGUUAAGGGGGGUAUGAAAGGCGAGGCUAAGGGACAGUGGGAAAGACAGACUCUCCGUGUGCAACUCCUUAAUGCGUUCAGGUUUAUUGCGAUGAGUAAAAGUCUGAAGUUUGGGUGCAGUGUUAACAUUGUUAAGGCUCUGGUUCGCUUUUAACAGCUUGGCUGUGCCUGCUGUGUUUGACAAAGGUGUUCAUAAGCCCCAACCAUGUUUGCACUUGGUAAAUAGAAUCAUAUUAAGUGUAAGGAAACGGAAAAGAUAUGAAUCAAGUUCUCUUUGCAUAAACGUGGGAGUUUUCGCACCUUAAGAGAGCAAGCCAUCCUGUGAUACGAUCAAGUUUCUCCUAGCUUUUGAAUUACAGAGGAAAGCUUCUCCCCUUAGUUCCUUUUCAAAAUCAACCAUAACUUAGGCUUGCACUCUACAUAAAGCUGUAAAAUAAACUAUUCUUUCGCUAUG